CGCGCCUGGCGCACACAGAUAUAAAACCCAGCGCGCACCAAGCGCCCAGAAAAGCAGAAGAGACGCCACGGAACAGCGCGCAGAUCUCCGUCUGAACCUCUGGGAAUUAUGCAUCCUAACUUGGUGAGCUGGCUGGGGACCCUGGGGUUCCUGCUGUGGGCGCUGCUCUGCCUGGGCGCCCUGACAGAGGGAUACCCGGUAAAACCGGAGAACCCCGGGGAGGACGCCCCAGCGGUGGAGCUGGCCAAGUACUACUCAGCCCUGAGACACUACAUCAACCUCAUCACAAGGCAGAGGUAUGGGAAAAGGUCCAGUUCUGAGUUCCUGGACACACUGAUCACAGAGCUGUUGAUGAAGGAAAGCACAGACACACUUCCACAGUCAAGAUAUGACCCAUCAUUGUGGUGAUGCUGUCACUGGUUUCAGCUCCACCUCACUGCCACCCCACCGCUGCUAACAUUCUAACCUCUACACAUUUGUCAUUUCAUAGCCAAAUGACCACCCUGCCUUUGCCCCUUUUACCUUUAUGAGCCACCACAUAUAUUCAGCCCCUCCUCCUUACCCAUUAGCUGCAGUACAGUAGUAGGUGCCAUAAAUCUGUAAAUAGUUUAUUCAGUUGUCUACUGUGAACCAUAAAAGUUGAAACAGUGGGGGGGGGGCAUGUUGAUUGUAUUGUAUAAUUGUGUUAUUAAAGAUUCAUUGUUUGA